GGAGCCCCCAGUUCUUUGCUAGACCACUUGCUAGCUUUCUCGAUCACUCCCUCCCUUCCUCCCUCCCUUCCUCCCGGCGGCUGUGGCGGCGCUGGGGAAGCAGCGAAGAGGAGUGGCCCUGCCCUGGAAGAAUGCGGCUCUGCCGAGGGGGCAGAACCCGACGCAGUCUCCCCGCGGUUUGAGAAGCCCGAGCCCAGGCGACCCAAUCCUGCCGGUGGCGACCCCGCACCAGAGCAGCUGGAGGCCCUGAUCGAUCUGCCCACCGGGGCCUUAGGGCCCGGGCUUCGACAUGCGGGAGGAGCCCCGGCCGCGGCCUCCGCCCUCGGGCUUCGCGGGUCUCCUGUUCCUGGCGUUGUGCAGUCGGGCCCUCAGCAAUGAGAUUCUGGGCCUGAAGCUGCCCGGCGAGCCGCCGCUGACCGCCAACACUGUAUGCUUGACGCUGUCGGGCCUGAGCAAGCGGCAGCUGGGCCUCUGCCUGCGCAGCCCCGACGUGACGGCAUCCGCGCUUCAGGGCCUGCACAUCGCGGUUCACGAGUGUCAGCACCAGCUGCGCGACCAGCGCUGGAACUGCUCGGCGCUCGAGGGCGGCGGCCGUCUGCCGCACCACAGCGCCAUCCUCAAGCGCGGUUUCCGUGAGAGUGCUUUUUCCUUCUCCAUGCUGGCGGCAGGGGUCAUGCACGCGGUCGCCACGGCCUGCAGCCUGGGCAGGCUAGUGAGCUGCAGCUGCGGCUGGAAGGGCAGCGGUGAGCAGGACCGGCUGAGGGCCAAGCUGCUGCAGCUGCAGGCUCUGUCCCGGGGCAAGAGUUUCCCCCACUCCCUGCCCAGCCCUGGCCCCGGCUCAGGCCCCAGCCCUGGCCCCCAGGACACAUGGGAAUGGGGUGGCUGUAACCAUGACAUGGACUUUGGAGAGAAGUUCUCUCGGGAUUUCUUGGAUUCCAGGGAAGCUCCCCGGGACAUCCAGGCGAGAAUGCGAAUCCACAACAACAGGGUGGGGCGACAGGUGGUAACUGAAAACCUGAAGCGGAAAUGCAAGUGCCACGGCACAUCGGGCAGCUGCCAGUUCAAGACGUGCUGGAGGGCGGCCCCGGACUUCCGGGCAGUGGGGGCAGCGUUGAGGGAGCGGCUGGGCCGGGCCAUCUUCAUCGACACCCACAACCGGAACUCUGGAGCCUUCCAACCCCGCCUGCGUCCCCGUCGCCUCUCGGGAGAGCUGGUUUACUUUGAGAAGUCCCCCGACUUCUGUGAGCGAGACCCUGCGGUGGGCUCCCCCGGCACUCGGGGCCGGGCCUGCAACAAGACCAGCCGUCUGCUGGACGGCUGCGGUAGCUUGUGCUGCGGCCGUGGGCACAACGUGCUCCGGCAGACGCGAGUGGAGCGCUGUCACUGCCGCUUCCACUGGUGCUGCUACGUGCUGUGUGACGAGUGUAAGGUCACCGAGUGGGUCAACGUGUGUAAGUGA